AUGACAGCCACCGCGAGCGAAACACAAAAAUCGCACCUUCCCCUGACGACGACGUUCACACCACCGGCUUCAUGUAUCAGUAACGUUUGGCUCGCUAGCACUAGCGGAAAGACAUGGAUGAACCUGGGCCCGAUAAACCACACGGAGUGUCUUCCAUCGGGGUGGUCAAAAUCAGAUUAUUAUUCCCCGGGGAUAUGUCCGACGGGUUAUGCGAUUGCUGCCAGUGGCAUCGUGAUUGAUGGACCUAAGACCGAGACUGCAGCGACCUGCUGCCCAACAUUUGGUAAUAACAAAUAUGCGACCCGAGCGGCAGAAUCGUCUACGAUAUCCGAAUUAAUAGACUGCACAUGGCAACCAGGCCCCGACGUUACGACCGAGUUCAAGUACACCUGGACGGAUGACGAGGGACGGACGUCCACCACGGACAGCGCGCUGAGCAGCAACGGCCACCUCAAUGCAUACGGCGUCUACAUCCGAUGGCAGUCGAGGGAUUUCAGCACACCCCCAGCCACGACGCCGGUCUCGAACACCGCUACAACCACCACUGCUGCCGCUACAUCCUCGCAAACUUCCACAGAACCAUCGGGAUCGUCGGAACUUUCGGCCGGGGCCAAAGCGGGUAUCGGCGUCGGAGUCGCCGUGGGGGCCAUUUUAGCGAUUAUGGCCCUAGCGCUGUUCUUUAUUCGGCGACGAAGAGCCCGACCGGCGCAGUACCAACAGAGCCACGACGAAACAGGUGCAGCGGGAUCAGUAUACUACCCACCAACCGAGCUGCCAACAGGAGAUCCAAGGGAAUCCACGAAAUACGCUGUCGAGCUGCCUGCUGGAACAGACAUGCCUGAAUUGGACGGGUCCAGAAAAUGA